UUCCUGCCAGGUAGAUGCCCGCAGGGGAGAGGAUAAUUCCAGCUGAACUGAUGCAUCUCGGCACCUGAUACCAGGCUCAGCUUCUGACAUGAAGAAAGAUAUAGAGUCUUUAAUAUCUCAGGAGAAAGCAGAGAUCGUUGCCAAGUAUGAGAAGGGCGGGCAGGAAGGAGCUCAGAUUGACCCGUGGGAAGAUGCAGAUUUCACGCUGUAUAAAGUUACAGACCGGUUUGGAUUCCUGCACGAGCAGGAGCUGCCAACCCGCACCGCCUUGGAGGAGAAGCAAAAACAGCAGGAAAUCGAACGUGUGGACAAGUGGCUAAAGAUGCUGAGGAAAUGGGGCAAAUACAGAAACAGUGACAAGAUGUGCCGACGAGUGUACAAAGGGAUCCCACUUCAGGUGCGAGGCCAGGUCUGGUCGCUUCUGCUGGAUGUUGAGAAGAUGAAGAAGGAGAAUGAAGGAAAAUAUGAGCAAAUGAAAGAACAAGCAAAGAGCUUUUCAUCGGAAAUCAAGCAGAUAGAUUUGGACGUUAACCGCACUUUCCGAAACCACAUCAUGUUUCGGGAUCGCUACGGAGUGAAGCAACAGGCACUCUUCCAUGUCCUAUCAGCAUACUCUGUUUAUAACACCGAGGUGAGCUACUGCCAAGGGAUGAGCCAGAUCGCAGCUAUCCUCCUGAUGUACUUGAAUGAAGAGGAUGCGUUUUGGGCACUGGCACAGCUGCUGACCAACCAGCGGCACGCCAUGCAUGGUUUUUUCAUUCCGGGGUUCCCGAAGCUGCAGAGAUUUCAAGCUCACCACGAACAGAUUUUAAGCAAACUGUUUCCUAAGCUGAAGAAGCACAUGGACAAGGAGCAGAUGACUACAGGGAUUUACACGACGAAAUGGUUCCUGCAGUGUUUCAUUGACCGGACCCCUUUUACCCUCACCUUGCGGCUGUGGGAUAUCUACAUCCUGGAAGGAGAGCGGGUGCUGACGGCCAUGGCUUACACCAUCCUCAAACUGCACAAAAAGCGCUUGCUGAAGAUGACGCUGGAAGAUUUACGGGAAUUUCUGCAGGAGAAAAUCGCUGCUUCCCUGCAAUACGAGGACGAUGCCGUCAUCGAGCAACUGCAGGUGUCGAUGACCGAAUUGCGCAAGAUGAAAUUUGACCUCCCCCCGCCAGCAAAGCCUGAGGAGUUCCCACGGAAACCCUUGGGCCUGGAGCUCUCCCUCAACCCGGUAGCCAUGAAGGGCAACAUGGUGGCCAACGGCCAGAAUGGUCGGGUGGGUGAGCAUCCCCCGAACAGGGACCCUCAUCCCCACAAAGGUCCUGGGAUGCCAGGAGGAACGAUGGCAGCAGAGGCAAGGACUCCCACCCUUCAGGGCAGUGAAGCAGCUGAAGCGACGGACACCCACCCGCAUCCUCCUGGCGAGGGGCUGCCGGGAGAGGAGGGGCGGGGGGGAACCACCGGGUUCUCUUCUAAAGGCAAGCGAGACACAGGCCCAUCAUCACCUCCUGCCUGCAGCCCUGCCUCUGGAGCAGCCUCUUCCCACUCCCGAUGA